AUGAGGUGGGCUCCGUGGGGCCCCGGCUUGAGGUGGGCUCCGUGGGACCCCCGGCAUAAGGUGGGCUCCGUGGGGCCCCGGCAUGAGGUGGGCUCCGUGGGGCCCCGGCUUGAGGUGGGCUCCGUGGGACCCCGGCAUGAGGUGGGCUCCGUGGAUAAGGAGCUUGGUGUGGAUAAGGAGCUUGGUGUGGAUAAGGAGCUUGGUGUGGAUAAGGAGCUUGGUGUGGAUAAGGAACUCGGUGUGGAUAAGGAACUUGGUGUGGAUAAGGAACUUGGUGUGGAUAAGGAACUUGGUGUGGAUAAGGAGCUUGGUGUGGAUAAGGAACUCGGUGUGGAUAAGGAACUUGGUGUGGAUAAGGAACUCGGUGUGGAUAAGGAACUCGGUGUGGAUAAGGAACUUGGUGUGGAUAAGGAACGCGGUGUGGAUAAGGAGCUCGGUGAGCUUGGUGUGGAUAAGGAGCUUGGUGUGGAUAAGGAACUCGGUGUGGAUAAGGAACUUGGUGUGGAUAAGGAGCUUGGUGUGGAUAAGGAGCUUGGUGUGGAUAAGGAGCUUGGUGUGGAUAAGGAGCUUGGUGUGGAUAAGGAACGCGGUGUGGAUAAGGAACGCGGUGUGGAUAAGGAGCUGGAGCUUGGUGUUGAUAAGGAGCUUGGUGUGGAUAAGGAACGCGGUGUGGAUAAGGAACGCGGUGUGGAUAAGGAGCUUGGUGUGGAUAAGGAGCUUGGUGUGGAUAAGGAGCUUGGUGUGGAUAAGGAGCUUGGUGUGGAUAAGGAACGCGGUGUGGAUAAGGAACUCGGUGUGGAUAAGGAACUCGGUGUGGAUAAGGAACGCGGUGUGGAUAAGGAGCUUGGUGUGGAUAAGGAACGCGGUGUGGAUAAGGAACGCGGUGUGGAUAAGGAGCUUGGUGUGGAUAAGGAACGCGGUGUGGAUAAGGAGCUUGGUGUGGAUAAGGAACUCGGUGUGGAUAAGGAACUCGGUGUGGAUAAGGAACGCGGUGUGGAUAAGGAGCUUGGUGUGGAUAAGGAACGCGGUGUGGAUAAGGAACUCGGUGUGGAUAAGGAGCUUGGUGUGGAUAAGGAACGCGGUGUGGAUAAGGAGCUUGGUGUGGAUAAGGAACGCGGUGUGGAUAAGGAGCUUGGUGUGGAUAAGGAGCUUGGUGUGGAUAAGGAGCUUGGUGUGGAUAAGAAACGCGGUGUGGAUAAGGAACGCGGUGUGGAUAAGGAGCUUGGUGUGGAUAAGGAACUUGGUGUGGAUAAGGAACUUGGUGUGGAUAAGGAACUUGGUGUGGAUAAGGAACUUGGUGUGGAUAAGGAACUUGGUGUGGAUAAGGAGCUUGGUGUGGAUAAGGAACUUGGUGUGGAUAAGGAACUUGGUGUGGAUAAGGAACUUGGUGUGGAUAAGGAACGCGGUGUGGAUAAGGAGCUUGGUGUGGAUAAGGAGCUUGGUGUGGAUAAGGAACUUGGUGUGGAUAAGGAGCUUGGUGUGGAUAAGGAGCUUGGUGUGGAUAAGGAGCUUGGUGUGGAUAAGGAGCUUGGUGUGGAUAAGGAACGCGGUGUGGAUAAGGAGCUUGGUGUGGAUAAGGAACUUGGUGUGGAUAAGGAGCUUGGUGUGGAUAAGGAGCUUGGUGUGGAUAAGGAGCUUGGUGUGGAUAAGGAACUUGGUGUGGAUAAGGAACGCGGUGUGGAUAAGGAACUCGGUGUGGAUAAGGAGCUUGGUGUGGAUAAGGAACGCGGUGUGGAUAAGGAACGCGGUGUGGAUAAGGAACUCGGUGUGGAUAAGGAACUCGGUGUGGAUAAGGAGCUUGGUGUGGAUAAGGAACUCGGUGUGGAUAAGGAGCUUGGUGUGGAUAAGGAACGCGGUGUGGAUAAGGAACUCGGUGUGGAUAAGGAGCUUGGUGUGGAUAAGGAACUCGGUGUGGAUAAGGAACGCGGUGUGGAUAAGGAACUUGGUGUGGAUAAGGAGCUUGGUGUGGAUAAGGAACUCGGUGUGGAUAAGGAACGCGGUGUGGAUAAGGAACUUGGUGUGGAUAAGGAGCUUGGUGUGGAUAAGGAACUCGGUGUGGAUAAGGAACGCGGUGUGGAUAAGGAACUCGGUGUGGAUAAGGAACGCGGUGUGGAUAAGGAACUCGGUGUGGAUAAGGAACUCGGUGUGGAUAAGGAACUCGGUGUGGAUAAGGAGCUCGGUGUGGAUAAGGAACUCGGUGUGGAUAAGGAACUCGGUGUGGAUAAGGAACUCGGUGUGGAUAAGGAGCUUGGUGUGGAUAAGGAACGCGGUGUGGAUAAGGAGCUUGGUGUGGAUAAGGAACGCGGUGUGGAUAAGGAGCUUGGUGUGGAUAAGGAACGCGGUGUGGAUAAGGAGCUUGGUGUGGAUAAGGAACUCGGUGUGGAUAAGGAACUCGGUGUGGAUAAGGAGCUUGGUGUGGAUAAGGAACGCGGUGUGGAUAAGGAGCUUGGUGUGGAUAAGGAACUCGGUGUGGAUAAGGAACUCGGUGUGGAUAAGGAGCUUGGUGUGGAUAAGGAACGCGGUGUGGAUAAGGAGCUUGGUGUGGAUAAGGAACGCGGUGUGGAUAAGGAGCUUGGUGUGGAUAAGGAACGCGGUGUGGAUAAGGAGCUUGGUGUGGAUAAGGAGCUCCCUCCCCUCCUCCCCCUCUUGACCUAA